CAGUGAUGCCUGGCAUGGUGAUGUUUCGGCGGCGCUGGUCAGUCGGCAGUGAUGACCUGGUGCUGCCCGCCUUCUUCCUCUUUCUAUUGCACUGCAUCUGGUUGGUGGUUUUGUCCGUGGUUCUGUUCGGCCUGCCGUACGGCUCAGAGCAGUCGUGUUCUGUGACACUGGUGGACCAUGGCCGAGGGUACCUGGGCAUCCUGGUCAGCUGCCUUAUCUGUGAGAGCGCCAUCAUGUGGCUGAGUAUGAGAGGCAGCAUUCUGUACACACAGCCCAGGGAAGCUGUGCAGUACGUCAUCUAUAUACGGCUAGCUAUUCUCUUGGUGGAGCUCGUAUAUGCUGUGGUGGGAAUUGCUUGGCUUGUCCAGUAUUACCAACCUUGCUCUGAUGUCACUGCCAAAAACUUGGCUCUGGGAAUCGUUGCAUGCAACUGGCUCGUGAUAUUCAGUGUCUGCAUUACCCUCAUGUGCACCUUUGAUCCCACGGGUCGGACUUUUGUCAAACUUAAAGCCACCCGUCGGCGUCAGCGCAACCUAACAACGUACACACUCAGACACAGGCUAGAGGAAGGCCAAGCCAGCAGCUGGAGCAGGAGACUGAAGUUCUUCAUGUGCUGCACCAGAGCACAGGAUACACAAUCAGAUGCGUAUUCAGAAGUGGCCAGCCUUUUUGCAGAGUUCUUCAGAGACCUGGACAUUGUGCCUAGUGAUAUCAUUGCUGGCCUGGUUCUUCUCCGCCAGAGGCAGAGGUCUAAGAGAUCAUCUAUCCUGGACCAGGGCAACAAUGACAUUUUAGCAUUCUUAUCUGGAAUGCCUGUCACUCGUAAUACUCGAUACCUGGACCUUAAGAACUCGGUCGAGAUGAACAUGUACAAGGAUGUGUGUUACUACAUGCUCUUCGCCCUGGCUGCAUAUGGUUGGCCCAUGUACUUAAUGAGGAAGCCUGUGUGCGGGCUGUGCCGCCUUGCCAGCUCCUGCCCCUGUAUGUCAGUGUCCAGCUCGCGGAUGACUCAGGCUGUGACAGUUGAGGAGGACAACUGUUGCGGCUGUAAUGUCCUGGCCAUACGGAGACACUUCCUGGACAGAGACCUCAAGCAGGUUCAGAUUGUCUACACAUCCUGCCACGAUGCUGUUUACGAAACACCGUUUUUUGUGGCAGUGGAUCAUGCGAAAAAGAAAGUUGUAAUCAGUAUCAGAGGAACCCUGUCUCCAAAGGACGCCUUGACGGAUCUGACGGGGGAUUCUGAGCGUUUGCCCGUAGAGGAGCAGCACGGGACCUGGCUUGGCCACAAGGGUGCGUUCACACCUGCCUUAUAG